GGACCCUGAAUUGUGAACCGGAAAGCAGCAAUGGCUCAACUUGAACGCCCCCAACGACACGGUGACUCGGAAUCUACUAUCAUCCACGAGCCGAGAAAACUUACGGCCACUCAAAGCCCGACUAUGGAACAAUAUCUUCGAGGGGGUGAAGUUUUGAGGUCGACAUCCUCACCCUCGUCAACAUCAUCAUCAUCUCCGGUCGGGCACCAUGAUGGAGAAGAAGAUCAUGGACACCAUCACAAGAAAUCUGUUCUCACCAAGGUGAAAGAGAAGGCCAAGAAGCUGAAGCACUCACUCAGCAACAAGAAAAAGCACAGUGAAGGCGAUAACUCCACCCCCACUUGGGGUGCAAGCCCAGUUGAGCACGAAGAUGAAGAGCAAGAUGCUGAAUAUCUAGGAGCCCCAAUGUACGAAUCAGAGAUGGCACCUGAAGGAUACAAGGAAACUGCAAAGCUGCAACCCCGAGCAGUUCCUGUGAUUUCUGAGAAGCAUGUUUUGCCAAGUAGUGUCACUCCGGGAUUUGAACACGAUAAGGAGAAGCCUCCUAGUCCUAACAAGACAGUGACCAAAAUUGCAUGCACGAAGCCUCUUAGUCCUAGAGAGGUAAUCACCGGAACUGUGGCCACAAAACCUUGUAGCCCUAAAGAGGCAGUCACUGGAACUGUGGCCACGAAACCUGCAGAUAGUCCUAGCAAGUCAACUGAAAUUGCAAAGACUUCAAGUCCUAACAAAACAAUAGCUGAAACUGUGACUGAGAAGUUGGGACCGGCCUAUGCCACGGUAUCAGAUACAACAUACGCAAUUGCCUCAAAGAUAGAAGGGCUCACUGUUUCAGCCCCCGCUGCUGUAUCCAAUGCAACCCAUGCCAUUGCCUCAAAGGUAGGCCUCGCUGUUGCGGCCCCAACUCCUUCAGAUAAAUCCCCGGAAGCUCCACACACUGUUUCAGCAUCAUCAGCUCUGCAGAACUCUUCAUCCCGGGCAACUCCACAAAUCUUGGCAGCCUCAGAGGGUCCACAACCUUUGUCAGCCCCUGCAGCUCCACAAUCUGGUAAGCACAGUGAUCAAAUAUGGGAUAAGGGUGUUUCUGUAAAGGAGUAUUUGAUUCAAAAAUUUGAGCCAGGGGAAGAUGAAAGAGCACUUUCGCAAGUGAUAUCCGACGCAAUGAGUCCAAAGAAAGCUUCUGGUGGUGGUGAUGUUGGCAUGGUGGGGAAGGUGAAAGGGGCUAUAAAUUCCAUGCUUUGGAACGAGGAGCCAUCCGAAACCACUACCGCACAAUCAGCCGUGGCCACAUCACCAAACUCACAGUCAGCCAUGAUGACUUCAUCCCCGCGCAUUCCAGUCUCAACAAAUGCUUAUGAAGCUAUUGAGGAAGAAAAGAAGGGAAGAAUACUGCAGACUAAUUGAAAAGCGGAGUUCAACUGUUGAUAUAAAGAAAUAAUCCUCUAAAUAUUUUUGUACAAGUUUCUAUGCAUCAAUAAGUGUUUCCCAAAAUUCAUUUUACAAUGUUCGUGUAAGCUUUGUAUUUUUGCCAAUAAAACCAAUUUUGCAGCUCCAGAAAUUGAAUUUUUUUU